AUGGCCGAACCAGUAGCCAAGAAGCGGCGCACGGUGAUGGAGCCGCCUCCACCCGCGCAUGUGGAGGCGCUUCCAGGUCCAGAUGCCGCGCAGUACGAGGCGUUUGUGGCCUCGGGGCGGCACGUGUACAGCGUGGCAGUGCCGCGAGGGGGCGCCUUCGCCGGCGAGCGGGGCAAGGGCGGCGUGUACAUCGCAGAAGCGGGGGCAGAGGUGCAGGCGGCGCCGCUGGGCGCGCUGCAGCACCAGGCAGAGGUGCAGCACCUGGCGCUGCACGAGCAGGGCGACGGCCAGGCGGUGCUGGCGUCGGUGGACUGCUACGGGCGAGCGUUGCUGGCGCAGGCGCGGCGGCUGGAGGGGCAGCCGGGCCUGCACAUCACCGGCGUGCACCAGCUGCAGCCAGCGGAUGUGCUCAGGGAGCCUGGUUGGGCGGGUGUGGCGCUGGCGCCCGGCCAGCCCUCGCAGGCAGCCGUGGCGCGGCACUUUGCCAAGGAUGUGACGCUGUUCGACGGGCCCAUGGCGGUGCAGACGAUACACACGCUGUACCGCCCAACCGCCGUGCAGCUGCUGUCCACCCGCCAUGUGGCCAGCCCGGGCGGCGGCCCGCUGGUGGCGGUGGCGGAGGGGCCCCAGCUGUCGAUAUGGGAUGUGCGGGGCAGCAAGCGCGGCGGCCGUGUGGCCAAGCUGUGCCCGGGCCCGUACCACGGCCACUUGUACUGCAUCGCGGCAGCCGACGACGGCGGCCUGCCGCUCAUAGGCGCGGCGGGGCACGAGCGGUCUGUGCUGGUGUGGGAGCCGCGCAAGUGGGUGCUGCUCGACCGCUGGUCCAAUUGCCUCAAGUAUGAGGCCACAGGCAUGCACUUCUGCUCAGCCAACCCGCGGCUGUGCUACGUUGCGGGCAUGGACUACGAAGUGCUGUGCGGGGAGUGGGGCGGCAACAAGGCCAGCCGCCUGGGCGGCGGCAACCGCGCCGCCAACAACACGCACACGGGCCUCAAGUCGGGAGCAGCAGCAGCAGGGGCGGCAGACGCGCAGGGGGAAGAAGAAACGGCAGCAGCGGCGGGCGGCCUGGGGCGGGGCGUCUCCUUCAGAGGCGACUCUCGCUGGGUGGGGCUGGGCAAGGCGGCGGGGCAGGACGUUCUGGCGGGCAUGACCCAGUCCUGCCAGCUGUAUGUAGCCGAGUUCGCCGCAGGAUGA